CUACCGACAAGCUUAGCUUUUUUCUUCCUUUGUCCUUAAUUCUAAAGAAAAAACAGUUCCUUCUCUAUCAAUCUAUCUUUUUAACUUCUAUAAAACAAAACACUCAGCUUCCACGAAGCCUCAUCUUCAUCUUCAUCAUUAUCAACUUCUCUAUCUCUCUCUCCUUCUUUCCUCUCCUUGAAGCAAUAUAACCAAAAACUUUCUGCAACUCUUAAGGAAUCAGAAGAGAGUUAAAAUGGAUGAGUUUGUUAACCUCAAGGAAACGGAGCUGAGGCUUGGAUUACCAGGAACAGACAAUGUGUGUGAAGAAAAAGAGGUAGUUUCUUGCUGUUAUAAUAACAUUAGCAACAAGAGAGCAUUACCAAGUGCUCUCGAGAAUGAGAUUGAAUCAUCAACGAGGAAGACCGAAACAUCUCCUCCUCGAAAGGCUCAGAUUGUUGGAUGGCCACCAGUUAGAUCAUACAGGAAGAACAACAUUCAGACAAAGAAGAGUGAAUCUGAUCACGAGGUUCAAGGAAGCUAUGUGAAAGUAAGUAUGGAUGGUGCACCCUACUUGAGGAAAAUAGAUCCGAGUUGCUACAAAGGAUACUCAGAAUUGCUCAAAGCUUUAGAAGUGAUGUUCAAAUUCUCUGUGGGAGAGUAUUUCGAGAGAGAAGGAUAUAAAGGUUCAGACUUUGUGCCCACUUACGAAGACAAAGAUGGCGACUGGAUGCUCAUUGGAGAUGUUCCAUGGGAGAUGUUUGUGUGUACUUGCAAGAGACUAAGGAUCAUGAAAGGAUCAGAAGCCAGAGGUUUAGGCUGUGGUGUAUGAGACAAAAGCUUCAAGAAACCUAACAGGGGACACAAGAACCUGAAGAAAACAGAGUUUCUCUUGGUCAAGAGAAGUCUCUCUUUGUGCUCGGGUUGUCGGGUUCGUGGGCAAGAUCUAUGUUCAUCGGAUUGAAUCCAAGUCAUUGCCUUGUUUUACCUCAUCGGUAAAGUAAAUGUAGACAUGCUUAAUGGUCUUAAGCAGAUUAUGUGUAUGACAUUAAAAAAUGUGUUACGCAGAUUGUUCCGAUUUCUUCUACUGAUUGUAGCAGUCUGUUUUGUGUUCUCAUUGAUUAAUGAAGAUUUUCAAGUAAUUCCA